AUGGAAAAGAAACAAAUUCAUUUCUUUUUUGUCAAAAAAGAUAUCCAUGUAAGUAAAAUGCGCUUAAAAUAACAAAAAAUAUUUGGUGUCUGUUCCAUUGCGAAAUAAAAUUUCCAUUUUUUCUUAAUCCGCCAAUCUAACGAUAAGUCAAUAUAUGACUCACAUACAAAAAUAUAGUUUUAGCGAGCCCUGUUUGUAGUCGGAGUAAUAUCCGUGCUCAUAGUCAUCAUUAAUUGUACAGCUUUUUGGACUCCGGUUGGCUAUUAUGUGUUCAUUCUCGGGAUUGGAUCAAUUGUCGGCUCAGCGAUCUUAAUUCAUGGGGUUCAUGAUGAUAAGCCGUUACUAUUUAUCCCUUAUUUGUUUUGGAAUGUAAGUUAAUUUAAUUCGAACGUUUUACUGGUAUUUAGGGUCUUCAAAUCUUCGCUUUUAUGGGAUUUAUUGUGACUCUAUCGUUGGUGCUAUUUGGUAUUAUCCACCUUCCUCUGCCAAUAUUGCAGACUAAAUCAGAAGACAUCAAUGAUUUUACGAAAUUAGUCACAACUGCAGCGGCAGUAAUUAGUACCGGAUUGUUCAUGGUCGAAGUGGUUUUAUUUACUCAUUUUGAAUAUGUUGUUUACAAAGGUUUCAGACAUUUGCAAAAGGAAAAUAAGGCAGGCUUAAAGACGCAUCAGUCUUCAAGGUAUUUGAAAUUUAUAUAAAAUUAUAAUAAAGUUGUCGAAAUUGUUAUUUUUCGAGUCUUUUUGCUGCAAUCAAGGAAUUCAACGAUCUUUGCGGACUGUAGGAAAAGGGUAGCAGCAAGAAGGCAUACUGAGUUUGAAUUUGCAUAUCAAAUUUUUUGAUUCUCGUCCGUUCGUCUUGGUAUUUUGGGGCCUAAAGUGUUACGGCAGCUGUUUGUCGAAGAUGGUAUGCCAAGAAAAUACUCGAAAGCUUUAAUAAAACUGUCUUUUUUCAUUAAUCAGAUGUACACGUAUGAUGUUCCAAGAACACAACCUGACAAAGACUACUCGUUGUUAAAAAAAAUGCUUUUCAACACUACAAACGCUUGAUCAAACCGUCUUUUGACUCACUCAUGGGUGGUCGCUGCACAAACAACCAUAAAAAAUUUAAUUUCAAUUAUGAUGUCAUGUGCCUAAAUCUGCAAUCGAACUGAAGUAAGACAUCUUGCCCACAGCUUUGCACAAAUUGAAAUUUUCUAUAUGAAUAAUUUUGGCGAAGGUAAAAAUUUUUUCCGUUUUGAAAACGAAACUGAUCUAUUGAUCUCCCAGACCCAACGUUUUCCUUGGUCCCCCAGCUUUGAAAUUUUUAAGUGUGAUAAUCCCUUGGGGAGGCUCUAUCUGAACCAGUUUCCCACGUCUGAACCCAAAGUUUUAUCUGCACUUUGGGAGUCAAAACGGGGUUUUGGAGCCCAGGUAUCAAAAUAGGCGGCCAAACUGACUGAGUGUUGUUUUUGAUCAUUCAGUGACCCCGAAACACUCCAAAAAUGUCUUACGUUCGAGUUUUCUGCUGCACAUGUCAUGUUGAUGUAUGUUUAGCUUUAUUUUAUUAUGAUCAGCCUAUAAAAAGUCAAACGGCAAGGUGCUUAGCUUAUAUAUUUUGUUCGGUAAAACGCAAUAACUUGCGCAAUCGACUUUUAAGUAUAAUCAAAGCGCCACACCUUUCAAACUAGUGACGUGAUUCUGGUGUAGUAUGCUUAUCACAACAGACUUUGGUGCAGCGUUUAACAGGUUUUCGUUAUGAUGAAUCACUGUGCAAACAAAUUCGGGGCCUUAUAUAAAACGGAUUCUUCUAUUUUUUGUUUUUGUUAGUAGGAGAAAGGGCGAGAAAUGUCGCAUGUGACUGUAUGCUGUUGCUGUAGGUCUCAUGUAGAUGUAAGUGAAUGAUUUUAUAUUUCCCAGUUUUACAAGUUAAAGCUUCGUGUCACUCUUACCAAAGUUAUAUUUUUAGGGAGUGGUAAAAGCCAUCGCAAUAGUGACCUUUGUGCUCUCUUUCCUUGGAAUCUUAGGAUACUUCACUGGCGUUGGAGCUUCCGCUAUUGUCAGCGUGGUAAUUACAGCAGUCUGUGCAGGAUGUUUGCUUUAUGGUGUGACCAAAGAACAACCAGGGUUUUACUGGCCUUAUAUGAUCUGGAAUGUAAGAAAGAUUUGUUUUACUGCCUGUUGUUUCUUCUGAGUUUAUGCAUUUAUGUGUUUCUUGUUUUCAGUUUCUCAGAAUUAUUGGAACUAUUGUCGCCAUCGUCAUCCUUUCACUGGCCAUCGUUGGGUUGUCGGCAUAUGACAUUGAAAUUAAGGAUAGCGAUGGGAAAAUAAUGACUCGAGAAGCGAGGGAUGAGGCUAAAGUUCUCUGCAUAAUUGGAAUUGUUAUUUACACCCUUGAUAUUACUCUGGCGAUUUGGUUCCAGUAUAUUGUUGUAAAAGGACACAGGUCUAUGAAAUCGAGGAAAGGAAUAAACUAA